CCGGUUACUUCCUUGGUUCGCUGUGCACGUGUGGUAAACAAGCACAUGAAGUCCUGACAGUACCAACAUGGACUUUUCUAGUAAGUGGACUAAUUUACCACCCGGGCCGAGUCUGAAGAACCUGACCCGGGACAGGUUUGGGGUCCUAAAGAAGGAGCAGCAGGCGGCGGUCCAGGACCUGACCCGAGCUCACAUUGAGUCCUUUAAUGAGGCGGUUUCUGACGGGCUCACUCGAGUCGUGCAGGUCAGUAUAUGAAUCUGAUAAUAACUUGGACAGUUUAUACAGGAUUUGACCUGCUGCAAGAGCCACUUAACUCAUUUAUGACGAGUUUUUGACAGACUCUGUGGGGUCUUGCAGAUACGAUAAAUCAAGAUCAAACUUUAAAUAAGAUCAAGUUCCCAGUACAUGUCGAAAUGUAUUAAAAUCAUGCGUUUAUUAUUGAUUUAUAAUCCAAGUCAGAACGUAUGUGAACCUUGAUCAAACUGGAGUGUGUGAUAUUCAGAGGUGUUUCUUAUAUUUUGGCCGCUUCAUUUUAAACAAAAGGACGGGACCAAAAAAUUAGGAAGACAUUUAACAUAGUGCACCCCAGUAUCUCAAUCUACGCAUUAACAAGAGGAACCCCUUUCUCGCUCUCUUUUUCUAUAUUUCUCUGUCUCACAUCACCCGCUGCAGGGCAUGCAUCAGUUAAUGUAGGUUAUCAGCCACAAAGGGAAAUGUACUUAGGUUGUCAAACUCAUAAAGAAAAGGUGGUGUAAAGAUGGUCACUCAUUUUAUUUGUACUUAGAUGGCUAAAUAUAAUGAGUGGUCAAUCCAAGUAAUGUAUGGGAAAUACUACUAAUAAAGAAUAACAGUACAUUUUAUUGUAGUGCCCUUACAUCAAGCGACCUCAAAGGGCUACAUCUUAAAAGCAAAGAUGUAUCACAGUAUCACACAGAAGUAUCACACAGGUGGAAUACUGGUGGAAAUAGGAAACCAGUGGAGUGAUUGGAGGAUAGGCUGAUAUAGUCAUGUUUGCACACUCUCUUUGGGAUCCUAGCGGCAGAGUUCUGAAUGUAUUGGAGUCUCUGCAGACUCUUGCAAGGGAUUCCGAUGAGAAAUACGUUGCAGUAGUCCAACCUGGAGGAGAUAAAGGCAUGAACUGAACAAGUGACAAAAACCCAGCUGGGUUUUCAGUGUUUAAAGGGACUCCUUUCAGCUGUAAAGUUAAUAUUUCAUAAAUCAACCACAAAACUAGGUUUCAUGAUCUUCUUUUAUUUCAGAACCAUGUCAUCACUUUGAUGUGUAUUUAGGUAUUCCUCUCUAUCUCUCAGCCCUCACUUAGUUUGCUGCCAUUUUGAACAGUUAUCCCAAAAGAGAUGAAUGGGACCGCCUGUUUAUUUGCAUACAGAACAGGAAAGUGAGUGGUCUCAGGGCAUCCUGAUGAUACCAGAUUUAAACCCCCUCAAUCUAUCUGCAGAAAAAUCUGUAACCCAGAGAAAUAUUAAGAGUCCCUAUGAUUUUCAUGCCUUGAACAUAAUUGACUGUUCCUAUCUCUGUUUUCAGUCGAUCCCUCCUCUUGAGUUCUCAUGCAAGAAUGAUCGCAUCAGCCUGGCGUUUGUUGAAGCCACCCUCCACAGCCCUGUUGUGGCCAAAGGCAGCAUCUGCAGCGAGAUGAAGGUGUAUCCUGCAGAGUGCAGAGGAAGGAGAAGUUCAUACAAAGGGAAGCUGGUGGUCAGUCUCAUACUCACACACACACUCUCAAACACACACAACCACACAGAUGUCUUUUGAAAUGAUGACCAUGUGCUGUGAUUUCAGGCAGACGUCAGCUGGUCGGUCAACGGUGUCCCUAAAGGCAUCAUCAAACAGUCACUUGGUAACUUGCCCAUCAUGGUGAAGUCUAAACUGUGUAACCUUCACGGACUGAGCCCACAGGAGCUGGUGGAGCACCACGAGGAGGCUGAGGUCAUACAGAUACUCACAGACACUCAAGUAUGCUCACUGCACACACGAUGUAGAGACAUGUUUGUAAAUAAAGUUUUAUCUUGGCAUUGACAGGAAAUGGGCGGUUAUUUCAUUGUCAACGGGAUCGAGAAGGUGAUCAGGAUGCUGAUCAUGCCGAGGAGGAAUUAUCCCAUUGCUAUGUCACGACCAAAGUGGAAGGGCAGAGGACAGGGAUACACCCAGUAUGGUAAAUACCACAUUCAACAGCGCCAUAGCAACCUUAUAGCUCCUGUGAUGAACUUUCUGCUUGUGUUGAUUGUGCUCCCUUAUACAUUCACUUGCUUUGUCCUCUACAUGUGGUUGUGUUGUCACAACACAUUUCUUAAAGGUCAUUGUAGGUCAUAAAAGGGCACAACUAUUAAUUUCAGUCUGUUUUAUCAACCAAAAAGUCCUCAUAGGAGCUUUGGAUAUUACACUCAUUACAGUACAUCUGAAUUUUUCUCAUUAUCAUUGGCACUGUGACUGUUCUGUUACAAUGGCUGCCCUCUCCUCUCAGGUAUCUCUAUGAGGUGUGUAAAAGAAGAGCACACAGCGGUGAACAUGAACCUUCACUAUCUGGACAAUGGGACAGUGAUGUUGAAUUUCAUCUACCAGAAGGAGCUCUUUUUUCUCCCACUGGGCUUCGCUCUGAAGGUAAACAUUGGGUCUCCAAGUCACAGCCUGAGUUUUGUGUUAGAAAAGAUCAGAGGGAAUAUUACUUGAGUGACCGGGUGUCAGUCAUUCCAUAAUCCUCGACAGUAAAACAAGUCUUAGCUAUAACUCCAUAACAGGAGAUAUUGCAUAUGUAUACACUGCUACUGCUGCUUUUCUGUGUAAUUUAAUUCAUGUACGCUAUCAUCAUUAAAUGUAAAAAGAAAUCUUUUAAAGGUGAGGUAGGCAGGAUUCUGUUAAAGAAGCAUCUUUUUUUGUGGCGUAUAUACAAAAAAGCUUUUAAUAUCAGUCAAUAGCUAUUACCUAUUGAUGACAUUUGGGAAUAUCACAAUAUCACUGUGUUUUAUGUCUGUGUAGUCAACAUUUUAAAAGUUUUGAGCGGCCUGCUCUUUCUGACUGUAAACAAAACCAUUCUCCACCUCCCCCAACCUGAUUGGUUGUGAGGCAGACGCUGCUCCCUCAUGUCGUGAGGCACGCUCCACAUCCUUGAAUAACGUGCAUGAGCCCUAACAAAGUUAGCAUGCUAGAAUAUCAGACUGAAGGAACCAACCAGAAAGUAUGGAUAAUUGUCUGAAUCCUCCUUUGUUCACGACUGCCAACACAAGCAAGAAAACAAACGAAAUACUGGCAAAUGGGACCUGCUGCAUGUUGUAGCGCCGCUAAACUGUUUACCUCGGGUCCUGGAGUAUGUCACUUUAUCCUAGUUGUAGAAGUCCAGCAAAUAUUGUGUUUGCUGCUAGUCUGUUGGCAUCUACAGUAGCACCAAUGAUUUUUACUUUCACGUUGACUGGGCCCCAUUUGUAAUUAUCUGAAGGAUUUAUCUGCAUUAUAUCUGAAUUUAAUUGGAACAAUACGAGCGAGCAGGAGCGUCUGUUUGUGGGGGAGGGAAGGGAGAGGAGGAGCUGAGGGGAAUGAUGGUUGAGAGGGGUAGUGCUUACAUUCAAGAUUUCUCCCAAAAACUGACACUUCCUCAGAUUCUGCCUACCCCACUUCUAAGUCAGCUGGUUUUUCACUUAUAGUUCAUGAAAAUCAGAGAUCCCAUAUGUAAUAGCUGGAGCCCCUUUCCUAAAGACGCCUGUGCAGUGUCAGUGUGGCAAUUGAUGCUCUGACUCCAGCCUCAGUCUAUUUUUUGUGAAGCUCUCCAAAGUUCUUGAGUCAACCUUUUUCCAACAUUUCUCUCAGGGCUCGAGUCAUCCCUGCUGCUUGAGCACCUUUUCCCACAAAACUUUACCUUCCAUUCAACUUCCCAUCGAUAUGUUUUGAUACAGCACUCUGUGGACAACCAGUCCUCUCUGACUUACCCUCUUUGUGGAGGGUGUCAGUCAUCAUCCUCUGGACUGCUGUCAAACAAAGUUUAAUAAAGUGUAGAAUAAAAUAAGUGGGAGAAUAAAUACAAAAACAGCUAAAGUUAAGUUUGAAUAAAGAGUAGCAACUCUUGUUGGUUUCACACAGGCUCUAGUGGACUGGUCGGAUGUUCAGAUCCAGCAGGAACUGAUAAAGGGUCUGGAGGAGAACUCAUUCUUCAAGAGCUGUGUGUGCGAGAUGCUGCGUAUGGUGAUGGAGGAGGAUUGCUCCACCCAGAGCUCCAUCCUCAGCUACCUGGGAGAGAGAUUCAGAGUCAAACUGAACCUGCCUGAGUGGUACACACACGAGCAGUGUGCACGCUUCUUGAUAGAGUAAGUGCGGUACACACACAAUACACAGAUACCACGCAGGAAUGGUACAAAAUAACUAUUCAGGACAGAGUUUUAAAGUGCUAAUGAGUCUGCCAAAGUGGUUCACACACAAAUAGAGUGUACCUGCAAUAUUCAUAAUUCACAUCAACUUUAUUAAUCCCCAAAGGGCAAUUCAUGUCACAGUAACCCACCUUGUUAUUAAAUGAUCAAAGAACAGACAAAUACUAGACAUCCACAGCAACAAAUGGCCCAAACAUUCCCCUGUCAGCACCACAAAUUAGCAAUAAAUAAAUAAAUACAUUUGCAAUACGUUCAGCAGUGAAAUGACUAAAAUGCAAUAAGAAAUAAUGUCAUAAAAGAAGAAUACACAGAGAAUACACUAAAAACAAGUACACACCAACUACACAGCAUCUCCAUUCAACUUCAAUCUUUGUGUUCUUAAAGUGUAUUUAUGUUGCUAAGCCACUCUUACUCAAAUAAUGAAAGUGUUAAAAAUGUGCGUGCGUGUGUGUGUGUUGUAGUGAGUGCAUCCUCAUCCACCUUCACUCUGACAUCGAGAAGUUCUACCUGCUGUGUCUGAUGACCAGGAAGCUCUUCACCUUUGCAAAGGAGGGGUGUUUGGAGGAGAACCCUGACAGCAUCAUGUGUCAGGAGGUGCUGACUCCAGGUCAGCUCUACCUCAUGUUCCUCAAGGUGAGACCAACAACACCUGCUCCAGAUGCUUAAUCUGUUUGAUCUGGUUACCUUAUGUUCCUUAAGGUGAGACUGGGAGUGGUUUGCUGGCAGUGGAGCAACUUUAAUCUUUUUACAGAUUUACUUUUUUAGCUUCAAGUUGAAACAGAAGAGUUUUCCCAUUUUUACCACCUUCUUCUCCUCAGGAGCGCUUGACAGCCUGGUUGGUGUCAGCGAAGCUCACUUUCGAUAAACGCAGCAUCAGACUGAAAGGAAAGUGGACAGCCGAGACGGUGAUGAAGCUCUUCAACAUGACAUCCGAUCUCACCAAAGCUUUUGAGUACCUGUUGGCCACUGGGAACCUGAACUCUAAGACUGGUACUGAGCUGAGAUCAGUGUUAGUACAUGUUUGCAGAGGCACAGAUCUUGUUAUAAAUACCUGUUUCUCUGGGGUCUUUGUUCAGGUCUGGGCAUGCUGCAGAACACGGGUCUGUGCGUGGUCGCAGACAAACUCAACUUCAUCCGAUACCUGUCACACUUCCGCUGCGUGCACAGAGGAGCCGCCUUCGCCAAGAUGAGAACCACAUCGGUCAGGAAACUUCUGCCCGAGUCUUGGGGCUUCCUGUGUCCUGUCCACACGCCGGAUGGAGAGCCGUGUGGACUUAUGAACCACAUGACGGCCAGCUGUGAGAUAGUGUCCCAGAGUCUGUCCACAGUGUCCCUGCCUGCACUGCUCUGCUCCCUCGGUGGGUCUAUAGAUCAGUGCAGGAAUCAUUCAGGAUUUUCAUUUGUGUUGGGAGGAUGAAUGUUAUAUCGACAAAAAGGAAUAACUAAAGUUGAAAUGCCAGUUACCAUUUACCUUUAUUGGACAGCUAUAUUUAAAAUAACACCAUCUCUUUUGUCUCAGGUGUGACUCCAGUUGAUGGUACACCCGGUCAGGCGUUUUCAGACUGUUACCCGGUGAUUCUUGAUGGAGCUAUGGUGGGCUGGGUGGAGCCUGAUCUAGCUCAGGUGGUGGUUGACUCCAUACGGAGGUUUAAGGUAUGUUCAUACGGAGGUUAAAAGUAUGUUCACUGAAUCAAGAUUUAAACCUGCCUGAACUUCCUGCCCAUGCAGAAAGCUGAUAUUUAAAGUUUAAACUUUCAGGUGCUGAGAGAGAAGAAGAUCCCGCCAUGGGCUGAGGUGGUCCUGGUUCCUAAAACAGGAAAGGCCAGUCUGUACCCGGGUCUUUAUCUCUUCACCACACCCUGCAGGAUGGUCCGACCUGUCAGGAACUUGUCCCUGGGGGAGCAGGAGCUGAUAGGCACCUUUGAACAGGUACGUUGAGGUUAAAACACAUGCUUUGUCACCACGCUGUUCAUUGUUUACCAGUGAUUAUUGAUCGGUCUGUGUCUCCCUCUAGCUGUACAUUAACGUGGGUAUCAUGGAGGAUGAGGUCGAGCCCGGCGUAACAACUCAUCAGGAGCUGUUUCCACACAGCAUGCUCAGUGUGGUCGCCAACUUCAUCCCUUAUUCAGACCACAACCAGAGUCCCAGAAACAUGUACCAGUGCCAGAUGGGUCAGUGGGAGUCUCGACACAUAUCCGCACACACACCUUCACAGGCGCUGGAAUAAUUGUUUGGAUGUUAAGUAAUCAAUCCUUUUGUUUUCAAAAGGCUAGCUGUUAGUGCCCACUUUGCUCCUCAUUUAGUCAAAGCUGCUGUAAUGAUGUUACUUAAAACUUUUGAAAGAAGGAACAUCCCGAUAUUUUCAGGUGUCUUCUUUUGGAAGAGAAAAUAGUUUUGACUUUCUUUCACAACCAAAAAAAGACACUUUCAAGCUACUGUUUGAAACACAUAGAACCAACAAAGAGCAGAGCAUAGCAGAGGGAAAAGACGAGUGGUGACACAGAUUCAUCUAGUUUACAGCUUGGUCUGUCUUUGUCAGAGUUGCUUGGUGGGUUUUUUUUUUUUUUAAGUAUUGUCCUAAAGCAUUGGAGAAGACUCCAGGAAUCAACGUCGUAUACACAAGUAUACCUUGUGAAGUUUCCGCAGUCCUGUUUUUGAGAGUUAGAAGUUCAUGUGUUCAUGUGUGUAUUAGAGUUCAAAGGGUUGAUAAGUGUUUUAUAGUGUAAAGCUUAGCUGUGUCGGUGUGUUUCAGUGUGUUUAUUUUAAACCUUUCUUUGGCUGAUUUUAGUUUUCACACUACCAAAAAUGAACAGCAAAAUCUUUCUUUUUUAUAUAAUAAUGGAAGCCUAAUUUUAUGUUCAUCAUAAAACCUUUACUUAAUUAUUUUCACAAAUACUAUACACAUAUGUACUGAAUUUUCCAUGAAUCACACACACUUGCGUUUCAUGUUCCAGAUUUUAUAUUGACAUGAUGUCAUGCGCCCUUUAUGUUAGCCUCUCUUUUCCUCACCGCCUCUGUGAAAGGCUGCGAAGAGUUCUCUUCAUCUUUAAUAUUUCCUGCAGAGUGACACAUCUCACAGCGGGUUUAACUUGUCUGUCUUGUGCUCAAAAGCUGAGGUUUCAUUAUUUUUGUACCCCAGUGUAGCCAUGUAAUAUGAUAUGUAUGAUAUGAGCUGGAUGUAGAAAUCAAGAGUGUAACUGGGAAACACAUAUAGGUCAAUUUUUUUUCCCUCUGCUGAAAGGUGCCCCUCGUUUACUCCUAACCUGUUAUCGUGAGUGUUUGUGUCACUUUGGCACCCCCUGUGUGUAAGAGUGAGACAGGCACAGAACCAGAUGUUACUGAGAAGCUGAGCUGGUCGUUGAUUGGGGCAAAACAAGCUGAUAAUGAGCAGGUUCUGCUUACCAACCACUCAGUCGGUGCACCUCAUCACAAAGAGUUUACCUGUGAGUGUAAAUGUGUGUCCGCAGGUAAGCAGACGAUGGGGUUUCCUCUGCACAGCUUCAUGGACCGCUCUGACAACAAGCUGUAUCGCCUUCAAACCCCUCAGAGCCCAUUGGUGCGGCCCUCCAUGUACGAUCGCUAUGACCUCGACAACUACCCGAGCGGCACCAACGCCAUCGUGGCCGUCAUCUCCUACACAGGCUACGACAUGGAGGACGCCAUGGUGAGGAGCUCUUUGUCCACUUAAAAUAAACAGUAGAGGAAGAGUGAGACUCUGACACUGAUGAAUGUUUCCACAGAUUGUAAACAAGUCAUCUUGGGAGCGCGGCUUUGCUCAUGGCAGCAUCUACAAGACUGAGCUGGUGGACCUGGCCGAAAAAGUUCGGGGAGAAGACGCCAUUGUGUUCGGAACCAAACCGGGAGACCCCAAAGUGAUGGACAGACUGGACUCUGAUGGUCUUCCUCACAUUGGGUCCACAUUGCACUAUGGAGACCCGUUCUACUCCUACAUCAAUCUGAACACGGGACAGACCUUCAUCUUCUACUACAAGUACUAGUCUUCAUCAAAUAAAGUGCAGUACUGUAAAAAAAGAUGAAUCUGUCAUGAUAAAAUACAGUAACGUCUCUUCUCUCUUGUUCUCAGGAGCCAGGAGUCGUGUGUGGUCGACAACAUAAAGAUCUGCAGCAACGACUCCGGCACGGGCCGCUUUAAACGAGUCUGCAUCACUGUUCGAAUCCCUCGUAACCCAACCAUCGGGGACAAGUUCGCCAGCCGACACGGUCAGAAGGGCAUCCUGAGCCGCUUGUGGCCGGCAGAGGACAUGCCAUUCACAGAGAGCGGCAUGUGCCCUGACAUCCUGUUCAACCCACACGGCUUCCCCUCUCGUAUGACCAUCGGGAUGCUGAUAGAGAGCAUGGCGGGGAAGUCCGGCGCUCUACACGGCCUGAGCCACGAUGCCACGCCCUUCAGGUUCUCAGAGGAAGCUUCGGCGCUUGAGUAUUUUGGCAAGAUGCUGCAGGCAGGGGGAUACAACUACUACGGCACAGAGCGGCUGUACAGUGGGAUUAGCGGGCAGGAGCUGGAGGCAGACAUCUUCAUCGGGGUGGUCUACUACCAGCGUCUGCGUCACAUGGUUUCAGAUAAGUUCCAAGUGAGGACGACGGGAGCUCGCGACAAGGUGACAAACCAGCCGGUUGGAGGGAGGAACGUCCAGGGAGGGAUACGAUUUGGAGAGAUGGAGCGUGAUGCCUUACUCGCUCACGGCUCUUCUUUCCUGCUGCACGACCGCCUCUUCAACUGCUCAGACCGCUCGGUGACUCAGGUGUGCGUGGACUGUGGCAGCCUGCUGUCCCCCCUGCUGGAGAAGCCCCCUCCUUACUGGUCGUCCUUGAAGCACCGCAAGACGGUGUGUCUGCUGUGCGGGAAGAGUGACGCCAUCGACUCAAUAUCUGUGCCGUACGUGUUUAGGUACUUUGUGGCCGAGCUGGCAGCCAUGAACAUCAAAGUCAAAUUGCAGGUCAAGUAAGCCUGUAACUCAGAUAAUCAGAUCAAUACUGAUCAAUACUGACUGUCCUUCACUUCUCAUGAAGCUGCUUCAGAAACAUAAAAAACUAAAGAUGUAACGAGUCAGACUGGACUGAAAAGACUCUUAUUUUGUUUAAGUGUUUUACAUGAAUUAUGCUUAAUAAAAAACAAACAGCAGCGUGAA